UUAUAUUCACUUUGGUCUUUGGGUCACAGUCACCCUGGUGCCGACUGCUCGCUUAUUACGGUUUGAUAUUCGAUAGGAUGGCUAUGCUUCGUGUUGCAUAUGCCACAGUUUUUCGUAGUAGAGUUUCAUUAUUUACUCAACCACCUGUUUUUAACUUUUCUCAACAACAAUCAUGGAUUCAUUUAAAUAAAAGUGUUCAGCAAAAAUUUGAAGAAUUUGAAUCAGAAGAAAGAAUUGAUAAACUCGAAAUCAAACAGAUUAAAAAUAAGGGGCAAAGCCCAGAAGAUCCAAUUCUUGUUGCAUCUCCAACAGAAAAAUGCAUUGUGGGAUGUACCUGCUCACCUGAUGCUUGUACAGUGAACUGGUUUUAUGUUAAUGAAGGCGAUCCUCAAACCUGUGAUUGUGGAUAUUUUUUCAAACUAGUAAAAGUUGAUCCAAAAGUUGAAGCAGUUCCUGAAUAUUCACGAAUUAUGUAUGUUGAUGAUAAAAAAGAUGACCUUCGAAGUCAAGACAGAGGACCAUCAUUUUUGAAAAGAAUAUUUUCUAAAACUUCAAAAAAUGUUUCACCACCCGCGUCAAUGUCUUCUAUAAAGAACAAACAAAAUUUGUAACCCCUUCCCUCUAAUAAUAAAUUUCUUCAUAGUAAGCACAUUAAUUUUCGCGCACAUAAACAGGGAUGUCCAAAGCGAAUCAAAUAGUUGCUUUGGAAUAAUUUUGAGUUUAAUAUGAAUCUUUUUUUUUGCUCUUAGUUCGUUUUCAGUUUGGCAUUGCAUUGAGUUGACAAAAAUUGUUUACUGAUUACAUCGGAGCUUAUAUUAAGUCUCCAAAAAAUAGUAAUUAUUCAUUGAAUUUAUCACUGAAUAAGUAUCUAAAUAGGGAAUGAAAAGUACGAGUAUUCCAGCUCCUGUAUCUUACAGAUAUUGGGUAGCCAAAUAUUUUUGUAUCAGAUAUAAUAUAGCAUACGUUACUCUAUUUACCGCAGAAUAACGCACUGUUAUUAUUGG